AUGGCUGCCAUCAUUCCCGAAAAGGUUCAUUUUGAACCAGGUGCUGAGGCGGUGCGUGUGUCAAAGGAGCUGAGCAAGGAGGAAUCUUUGAAGGCUGCUGGCUUGAAUUUGGUCGUGGACCCCAGCGGCAAAUUGCUGAAUCGGAGAAAGGUGUGCAGCCGCAAGGAUGUGAUCGCCAAUCCGAGAGUCAUUGCUGCAGCGAUGAGAGGAAAGUUGCGGUCGCGAAAGCGACAGAGCGCAUACGUGUAUUCCGAUGGCAUCUUGCACUUCAUGAAUAAUGAGAAGCUUUUGCCGAGGGGAGUGCUGAUUAGAGCACCAUCAGUUCAAGAUUGGGCCAUGAAGACGGGUCAUGCUGUCCGCAAGCUUGUGACCAAAUUCAAGCACCUUGCUCGCCGUGCCCGAUCAUCGCACCAAGCCCAGCUCCGAGAGCUCAAGAAUGAGUUAUCUGGGCUUCUUAAGGACGUUGAUUCGGAGUCGGAGGAUGAGGACUCGGGCAACGAGAGUGACGAAGACGACAGCGAGGCUCUGUCCAGCUUGGCUGACCAUGAUAAGGUUGCAAGUUCCAGCUGCUCUGUUGCCACCCCGCCUUUUCACAUCCCGAGUCUGAGUGGUGAGAUGCAGCAGGUCUUGGCCAAGCUGCAGAAAGCCAGUCGAUGUGAGCAGCCAGAUCUAGACGCAGCAGCCGAGCGACAGGCUUCCGAACCUGUUGCUCCGGAAACCAAGAAGAAGCCUAAGAAGGUCAAGGGUGCGAUUGAGGAGAAGCUGUUUCCUGAGAAGGAUUCUUGUCCGAACCAUAUGAGAGUCAGUUUGUGGGCCAAGGAUGAUGUGACUGGCCCGGAAGGUGAUGAAGCAGAGCAGAGCAGCAAGAAGAAACCCCCAAAACAAUCAAAAAAGAAGCAGCAGAAGAACAAGGAGAUCAAGAAACCGAACAAAGAGAUUGAGAAGGAAAACGGGGGCUCGAACAAUGGCAACGCAGAGGAGCCGCACGCGAUCACCCGCAUGAAGAAGAACAUGGCGCCCGACUGCUUGUAUGUCCCUGGAUCUUACAAGGAAGCCAGACUCAGGUACAUCAAUAGAAAGCGAGAGAAGGGAUGGUCCUGGAAGGCAGCGUGCGCGAAGUGGAAUGGCAGUGCCAUUCGAGCAUCGUGGCUCGAGGGCUUAUCUACCAAUGAACUGAAGAGACGCCGGUUCAUCUAG